GAAGAAUUCUCUUACGGAGUUGAGGACUCGCAAAUUAAAUGGCGAAAAUAACCUUACCAUUAAGGGUUUUCGGGUAGUCAGGUCUUGGAAGCCAAUGCUUCCGAGGCCUGUAUGGGUAGAACGAUUGAUCUCCAAAACACCUUAAGUGUGUGCUACACGAACGCUCGUAGUCUUAGAAAUAAAACGUCCGAGCUAAGUCUGAUGGUGCAAGAAUUAUGUCCCUAUAUAAUCGUUGUUACAGAAACUUGGUUCACCGUUGAUAUAGACUGUUCUCCUUUCAUUGCUGAUUAUAUCUGUAUCAGAAGUGAUAGAGUUUCAAGUCGCAAGGGGGGAGGUAUAAUAUUUUACGUUAGGGAUCACUUUCGCAUACAAUCAACCAUAUCGGAGGCUCAUAUCAGCGGCACAUGUGAGGUUGCAUGUUGUAAGAUUAAAUCUAGAAAUGGGUUAGUGACUAUAGGGGGAAUAUACCGUAGUCCGUUUUGUCUGGCUGACGACUUUAUCCUAAGACACAUCUGUUCUUGGAGUAUGGCAGAAUGUUGUCUCAUCAUUGGGGACUUCAACGCACCGCAUAUCAACUGGAUAGAGCUUACAGCUCCAGGUAGUGGUUUCGAUAGCGACCUUUUAUCUACCGUUAUUCAGUGUGCACUUGUACAAUGUAUCACAAAACCGACACAUAUUGAUUUGCAACAUGUUCCGUCACUGAUGGACCUCGCCCUCACCCACCACUCUGAGGAUGUCUUUGAUAUCCAGCACCUUCCUCCACUAGUGAACAGUGAUCACGUUGUAAUUCACUUUAAGUUUAGGACGCAUGGUAUACAAUUCGUAUCUGCUCCACCCCGUCCCAAUAUCUGGCGAGCUAAUAUUCCGGAAAUCAGAAACCGUGCUAUCUUGACCGAUUGGUUGGUCGACGCGGAUGGAUUGAUCGAAGAUGAAUGGAAUAAGUUUAAGGCUACAUUCGAGUCCGUAACGUCGCCGUUUAUCCCAUGGUCAGCACGUAAGCUAUCACAUUGCCCUCCAUGGAUUAAUAAGGAAACCCGGAAGCUGUUAAAGCGUAGGAAACAUUUCUGGGACUUAUUCUUGUUGACAGGUCAUGCACCAUUUAAGCGUGAGUAUCAAAAAUACCGUAAUAUCUGUAAGAAAACCAUAGUGAAAUCCCGUACCACUUACGAACGACAGUUAGUAUAUGAUAGCCGUACUUGUCCGAAACGAUUGUUUUCGUAUGUUAAACGGCAAAUGAAACGUAGUGAUGGUAUUCCCCCGUUGCUGUUACACGAAAAUUCAGAAUUACUAGCUGAAUCAGAUCGAGCAAAAGCUGAGACUUUUUCAGAUUAUUUUAGCGAAGUCUUCUCUACGUUUAUUGUAACAAAUACUUGUCCCACUCACACCGAGAUACCAACCAUUGAAUCUGUACAGGUGACUGAGGAAACUAUCCUUCCGUUGAUAACUAACCUCAAACCUGGUAAGAUACCGGGCCCUGACGGGUUACAUCCACGGUUGCUGUCAUCUCUUGCGGACAUUAUUUCAAAACCGCUCGCGACGCUAUUCAACAUAUCCCUUUCACUCGCUCAACUCCCUAGAGAUUGAAAGGACGCUAUAGCCAGUCUUAUAUUUAAGGACGGUCAGAGGCAGAUAGUAUCUAACUACCGGCCUGUCAGUCUAACUAGCAUAGUCGUUAAGUUACUCGAAAAGAUAAUUCGGGUUAGGUUGCUAAGCCACAUAGAUUCACACAAUCUGUUAGCUCCUGAGCAACACGGAUUUCGUAACAAGCGUUCUUGCUUGACUAACUUGCUUAUUGCGAGGGAGGAUUGGACAGCAGCCCUAGAUCACGGUCUGUCUGUCGACGUGAUAUUCAUAGAUUUUAGCAAAGCGUUUGACAAGGUUUCACACGUAGGUCUUAUGCAGAAGCUCACGAGCUUCGGAAUAAUAGGUACUGUACAUGAGUGGAUAGGAAAUUUCUUAUGUGACCGCAGACAGAGAGUUAGGGUCAAUGGAACGCUAUCCGAUUGGAAGCCGGUCAAAAGUGGUGUACCCCAAGGCACCAUCUAAGGCCCUCUGCUCUUCCUUCUCUACGUUAAUGAG